AUGGAUGUGGACAUCGACCUGACCGAAGAGCCCGCGGGCGAUCCAGCGCAGUCCGACCGUCCUAAUGACCCCAUGGAAGUAAUCGAGGUCGAAGAGACGCCCCCUGAUGACGACUUGGCAAUGGCCUGCGAAGGCACGCAGGUCGCCGUGCAUCCCGUCCCUCUGUCCAAGGGCGAAGGCGCAAGUCCGCCCCGAGGGGAGUCGGGUGGCGGGGAGGGGGGAUGCGAGAGCGCGGCCGCCGCGGCAUCGCUGCAGAUGGAGGUGGAGGCGGUGCGUGACCUGCGGGAGACAACAGAACAGGCAUGGGCGUCGGAAGGUGCUGGGCAGCAGCAACCCAGCCCCAGCGUGACAGAUGAAGAAUGCCCCAAACAGAUCACCGCAAACGCCUGUGCUGGCACUGCACCGGCCAACACGCCAGAAGCGGCCACUCAGGGCGAAUCAGCAUCCAUGGCGACAGGCGCCCCGGACGGGCCCCCCGGAUGGAUCAGCGUCCCCUCCCUGCCCAUCGCGCAGUGCCUGGCCUGCGACAUCUGCGGGGACAUCCUCAGGGACCCCCACACCUGCCUGCUGUGCCUCCACUCCUACUGCUACGAGUGCAUCCGCGCGUGCGUCACCCCAGGCAGCUACGGCAACACCUGCCCCGUGGGCGGCUGCGGCACGCCCGACAUCACCGGCCAGCAGACGACCAAACUGGGCAGCUAUCCAUUCGACGAGAAGAAGCAGACCAUCCGCCACGAUGCCACCCUCAACGAGAUCAUAAAGAGGAUAUUCCCGCGGCCGGGGCUGGACGAGCGGCUGGAGGCGGCGCGGGCGGAGCGGGAGGCGCGGAUCCGGGAGGGCCGGGAGAGGGCCAGGGCCCCGCGCAGGAACUUUUCUGGCAGGUCCCUGGGGCACAGGGAUGGUUCCGGCGGGUGCUUGGGGCCCGCUGCGAGCCGCAGGGUCAGCCGAAGUGGUGCGAGCAAAGGUGCCCUGGCUGGCAGGAGCUUGGGGAUCGACCAUGAGGCGAGGGAACCCGGAGAGGGGAUCUCCGUGCCGGCUGUUGGCCCUGUGAUCGGCGGGGCGAAGGGAGCGGGCCCUGCGCCUGGGGCGGGCCUGAGGGAAGUGCACACGCUGCGAUCCCGCAGCGCGGAUGCCGAAAGGAAGGCUGGGAAGAAAUCUGGGGGCCAGGGCGAGUGGCGGGGCUCCGCGGAGAGCCGGCUGCUCCGGCAGACUGCGGAUCGCGCAGCGCGCAGGUCCCUGGAAAGAGGCCAGGCCGUGCGGCGGGAAGAGGCACCGCAGAGGGAGGCCAAGCCUGGCGCCCCGUCCUCGAGCAACUCGAUGAAAAGGCGAUCGUCUGAUUUGUCCAACUGCGGCAGCACGGGGCGGAACCACAGGCAGAGGGCGGAGCAGGCGGGGUGCCCGGGGCACAGGGAGGGGGAAGACAUGGUGAUUGCAAUUUUUCCUUCGGAUUUCUUUCACGCAAAGAGGGCCCUGCCGCCGCUGGAGUUCAACUACUUUCGCCUGCCGUGCGCCACGCCGGUCGUCGAGGUGGGCAGGAUCGUCCUCGAAGAGCUGCAUAUGGAAGAGGGCGUUGAUCUGUUCUGCAUGGGGCGGCGUCUUGGCGGGGAGGGCCCGGCGACCCUGGUGGAGGUGAGGGGGGCGAUCUGGGAGAAGCAGGGCGCGGAGGAGGAGCUGCUGACGCUGUACUAUGCCGCCAAGGGCGCGGAGCUGUGA